AUGCAUUGACCUUCAAUUCAACAAUAAAAAUACAGCUCUUUAAAGUGUGACUACCUAUAAAUAGAUAAAAAUCACUCAGGUAUGAAACCCCGAUGCGCAUGCCCCAGGUAAACCCUAACCGUUCGAUAGAUACAAUCGAUGACUUUCAAUUCAGCUCGCCAAGUGUGUACACGUGUUUACGUGUUCGGAUGGCCAAUGCCCAACUUCGUUCGCCGGGGCCUGGACAGGCUACGCCGGCUCAUGACGAGAGAGAAAGCUCACCCGCAGAGGCGGUUGAGAGCUAUAGUACAAAGGUAGAUGAGUCAGAGGACUCUCAAUGUGAAGUAGACCAUGUAUCUGUGGCUGAUAAGACAGAGGAUGAUUUUCGGCGGCAGUGGUCGUCAGAGCAAAUUCGGAAUGAUAAAAGUAAGUCCGGCGAUGUUUCUAUUAGAACACGCUCAAGCUCUAAAAAACGCAAGAAAAGCAAAACAUCAACUGAUUCAAGCUCAAGUUCAAGUUCCUCUAGUUCUAGCUCCUCUAGCUCCUCCUCAAGCUCUAGUUCCGAGUCUGACUCGGACGCUGAUUUAUUCUUAUGUUCUGAGAGCACAAAUUCUAAGCCAAAAAUCCCUAAAAAGAUUCUUAAAUUUGUCACUAAGUACGCAACAAAAGGGAUUAACAAAAAGAACAGACAGGCUAUUGCUAAGAUUUGUCCCAUACCUCAUUCUAAAAAGCUUCAGGGCUUGUCUUUGGACAGAUUUUUCAAGAAAAUAUUUUUCAAGGGUAAAAAAUGGAAUGGAAAGUUAGAGAAAAAUAAAGUAAAUACCCAGAUGAGAAUUUUAGAUGCUUUAGGGCCACUUUCUGUUUUAUGGAGCGAGGCAGAGCGAAUAAGCAAAACAGGCAAGGGCAUGGACCCCUCUGAUGUUAUUCAGUUUGUCCAAAGAGCGAUCAUGUUUGUAGGGAAUGCCCAUUUCCUUUUCAAUACUGAUAGGCGUAAGGCAGUGUUAGCUAAAACAAUGCCAGAAUCUGUAGAUGUGCUUUCUGAAAAAAGGUACAAGAAAUCAUUGGGAAAAUGUAAAAGUGAUUUAUUUGGGAAACAUUUUCUAAAACAAUUAGCGAAAGAUAACAAAGAUAAUAGAGAAUUAAAACAGCUAUUGUCUAAUGGCAGCGAUAAGAAUGUUUGGUCACAAACAAGACAGUUUUCUGACAGAAACCGCCAGUUUUUUCUACAGAGACCCUCAUCAAGCCUCCAGUAUGGGGGUCGCAGACAGACAGACAGGAGGCAGUUCACUCAGAAUCAGAGAUACACACAGUACCCACAAUUCAAGGGUCAGGGAGCAAACCAGAAAUAUACAGUGACUCCCAAGAAAUCAGUCACUCAGUGAAUCAGGUGAGUCUAAAACGGGUAGAAUUAUCAGAGAUCGAUCGGAAUCUAUCAAAAUUCCUGUUUUUCAAUGCUGUAGAAAUUCCCCAGUCAGUGCCAGUUGGGGGACGUGUAAAACAUUUCUAUCAGAAUUGGAAAGUAAUUACACGGGAUCCUUGGAUCCUUCAAUCAAUCAAAGGGAUAGAAAUUCCCAUAUUAUCAAAUCCUUUCCAGGGAAAAAUUCCGAUUCCGUCGAAAUUCAAAUCAGAGGAACAGAUUUUGAUAGAUUCCGAAAUAGAGAAUUUAGUGUUGAAAAAUGCGGUACGGGAGACAACUCCCACAAGCGAUUCCUUUUACAGCAACGUAUUUUUGGUACCGAAGAAGGGGGGCGAGUUAAGGCCUGUAAUAAAUCUAAAAAAUCUGAACAGUUUUCUCCCUUACGAGCAUUUCAAAAUGGAGGGGAUACAGCUGUUAAGAGAUCUCAUGGAAGAGGGAGAUUGGUUAGUAAAACUAGAUUUAAAAGAUGCGUACCUGACAAUAAACGUGGCAGAGAAAUUUCGAAAAUUUCUGAAAUUUUUUUGGAAAAACAAAAUAAUGGAGUUUACAUCCCUUCCAUUCGGAAUUGCAAUAGCACCGCGUGUGUUUACAAAAAUUAUGAAAAUUCCAAUUGCAAUUUUACGUCGUCUGGGUAUACGGCUGGUGAUUUACCUAGACGACAUUCUGAUUAUGAACCAAUCUCUCACAGGCAUUCAAUCAGAUCUGUCAACAGCUGUCUAUCUCUUAGAGAAUCUAGGGUUUUUGAUCAAUCAGGAAAAGUCAGUUCUAGUCCCUUCACAUGUAACGGAAUUUCUGGGAUUCACUGUAAACUCAGAAACAAUGACCCUCUCUCUCCCAAAAGAAAAGGUGAUAAAGAUAAAGCAGAAUUGCUUAGAUCUUGCGAGUCGUCAGUCUGUCUCUGCUCGGGAUCUAGCCCAAUUAAUAGGACGUCUGACGGCUACAAAUCAAGCGGUUCUACCCUCAUCUCUUCAUUACAGAAGUCUCCAGUUAUUAAAAACAAAAGCCCUGCAUACCGGAGGGAAUUACGACCAUCAUGUACAAUUAGACGAGGAUUUGAAACAAGAACUAAUAUGGUGGUCUUCAAAACUAAGCAAAUGGAACGGGAGAGCUUUAGUCCGUCCCCAACCAAACAUUAUUGUCAAAUCAGAUGCAAGCCUGAGAGGUUGGGGUGCAAUUUGUCAAAAUACAAAAACGGGCGGUCUUUGGAUGGAAAACGAAAGAGAUCAGCACAUAAACGAGUUAGAGCUCAAAGCAGCGUUUUUAGCAAUUCAGUGUUUUCAGUCGAAAAUUUUAAAAAAGCACGUACUAUUGCAAUCGGACAACAAAGUAGCGAUAGCAUACAUAAACAACAUGGGGGGUACAAAAUCAAAGAAAUUGAUAAAUCUUGCAAGUCAGAUUUGGCAAUGGUGUUUGGAGAGGGAAAUAACUCUUACAGGGGAGUACCUACCCGGGGAUAUGAACAUAGAGGCAGACUGGGAAAGUCGUCAUUUCAAGGACAAGAGUUCUUGGAAAUUAGAUCCAGAGAUUUUUAUUCACCUAAUGAAGAUAAUAGGCCCUUGUACAGUAGAUCUUUUUGCAGACAGGACAAAUGCCCAGCUGAACAAGUAUUUCAGCUGGAAGGAAGACCCUCAUGCACAGGCAUUAGACGCGAUGCUACAGACGUGGAGGGAUAUAAUGGGUUACGCCUUUCCCCCGUUUUGCAUGAUAACGCCUUGUCUAGCGAAGGUGAGGGAGGAGAAGUGCCAAAUUGUGAUCGUUACACCGACAUGGCAAACACAGCCUUGGUAUCCUCUCCUCCUUCAGAUGUCGAUAGACUUCCCAGUGCUGAUACCGAUGGGCUCGAGAACCCUAACCUCUCCCCAGGGGGAAGUCCACCCUCUGAUAGUCAGCGACACAUUACAACUAGCAGGGUGGAAGGUAUCAGGAGAUAUUACACUUCAGAAGGUUUUUCAGAGCAAGUUAAAGAACUUCUCUUGCACUCUUGGAAACCAGGCACAAAAUCCGCUUACGACAGUGCCUGGUCGAAAUGGAAUAGCUGGUGUUUGGAACGGUCAAUUGAUCCCUUUUCAGCCCCUUUGGCCUCUGUGUUAGAUUUUUUAGCCUGGAUGUUUUUUCAGGGCUAUAAAUAUCGAACGAUUAAUGUCCAUAGAUCGGCAAUAUCCUCAGUGUUACCGCAAGUGAAUGGAGUUUCUGUAGGACAGGUUCCUAUUGUAAAACAGUUGUUUAGGGGGAUAUUAAUAAAAGACCCCCCUCGGCCUAAAUAUGGUUUUUCAUGGGAUAUCAAUGUUGUUCUUAAACAUUUAUUAGACUUGCCUAAUGAUAACGAACUUUCUCUUUUACAGUUGAGCAAAAAAUUUACCAUUUUACUUGCUCUAGGAGCCCCAAAAAGAGUCUCAGAGAUUGCUAGAUUCGAUCGUCGUUUUAUGGAAAGAAAGGAGGGGAGUAUCGUGUUUCACUUACCAGGUCUAUCAAAAUCUCAGAGGGAUAAUAAAUGUAGAUCUGUUCAGUAUGAUAAAACAGAUAAUGAAAAACUCUGCGUUUUACAUUGUUGUUCCGUUUACGAGAAACGAACUGAAUCAUUUAGAUCGCAGCUUGAAUCCGAACCUGAUCCUCUGCUGCGUACAACCAAAAAACCUCAUAAUAGAGUUUCUGCACAAACAGUCAGUAACUGGAUAAAAUCUGUUAUGUUAGAUGCAGGUAUCGAUACAUCAAGAUUUCAAGCGCAUUCGUGCCGGAUGGUCUCUUCAAGCAAAGCGCAUAAUACUGGAAUACCUUUAGAAGAAAUUCUAUCAAAAGCAGACUGGUCAAAUGCGCGAACAUUUAAAACAUUUUAUUUGCGCAAUACUCCAUCUGAUAUAUCUUAUACACGUAAUGUUUUGAAUAUGGUGAGUUUGGUAAUUUUCGGCUUUAAACAUGCAUUAUUAUAUCUCACGGAAAUAUUUGAAAUAUAAUUGAAGAUUUUGUGAGGGCGCGAAGCGCCCGAAAUGAAAUAUAAAUUAUAUGAUAAUAUUGAAGUGAGAUAUAAUAAUGUACUUCCCUCCCACCCUUGCCCGAUUAUUGGCUAAGGAGGGUGGUACUGAUUAAUUGUUUAUGUACAAAUAUUACAUUUCACAUUACAGUUGGGUUAAUUUGUGUCGUAUGUGUUGUAGGAGGAUAACUCUGUACCAACAAACGCCACGACGCCCAGUUGAGACAGUCUACAGUUUACCGUGGUUCUACGGCAACAAGAGUGACAGAUGAAAAACGAUCAUAGUGAAUUGCUGAACAAUCCUGACUGUGCAAUUUGAUGAGAAUAAUUAAUAUUUUUUAGAUAUUAUAUAAAUUCUGUCAAAAUUA